AUGACACUGGUAGUCGUAUUAGGAGCAGGGGUUAUUGGUUUAACAACUGCCUUGGAAUUAAAACGCUGGAAUCCUGACUUGGAUAUCACUAUUGCCGCUCACCACUGGCCAGGAGAUAUCCAUCCUUCUUAUACUUCUCCUUAUGCUGGAGCAAACUGGCAAUCAUUUGCUUCUCCUGAAGAUAAAGAGUUACAAGAAAUUGACAAACCAGGUUAUAAGAAGUUUUUGCAACUUGCUGAAUCUGACCCAAGAGCUGGUGUUUGGGCCACUGAGAAUCUUUCUUAUUACACCGACUAUGAAGUUUCUGCAGCAAAGGGCAACUUCAAGGAAAUAAUCCCUUGGUAUAGAGAUUUUGUUGAUGAUUUUAAAAUUAUUGAUAGCCUGAAAUUGCCAGCAGGUAUUGCUUUUGGACAUAGUUUCAAAGGAUUGGUUGUUUCCGUACCAACUUACUUGAAAUACCUUGUUCAACAAAACAAAGAAAUAGGUAACAAACUUAAGAAAGUUCCAAUCAUCUACAACAUUGAAUCGGCCAGAGAUUUCCAUAGUUCUGGUAAAAAAGCCGACUAUGUCAUCAAUGCAACUGGUUUAGAUGCAACCACCAUCAAAGGUGUUGACGAUGAUAAGCUUACUUUCCCAGUUAGAGGUCAAGUUUUGCUUCUUAAGAACAAUGCUAGAAUCCAGUAUCAUGUUCAUGGAUUCCCAGGUUUCCCUAACGAAUUGCUCUACAUCAUGCCAAGAAAAGAAGGAGGUACCAUUGUCGGUGGAUGUUUCCUUCCUGGUGAAAGAAAUACUGCUGAAGAUAAGGAGUUGACCGAAAGAAUUAUCAGAAGAGCUCUUAAGUACGCUCCAGAAUUGGUUGACCCAACUUUUAAAAACAAUCCUCUGAAGAUUGAAAUUGCUCAAGUUAAUGUUGGUUUCAGACCAUUUAGAGAAGAUGGUGCUAGAGUUGAAUUGGACAAGAAGCGUAAAUGGUUAAUUCACAAUUAUGGUGCUGGUGGUGGUGGAUACCAAGGAAGUUUUGGAUUGGCCAACAAAGUUAUUGAUAUUAUGAAAAACGAAUUAUCAAAAGGAAAAUCCAAAUUAUAA